CUAUUACGUUAUGGCAUAUUGAAAUAUGUCAAAAACAAAGAUUUUUAGUUACCAAAGUAAGCGUUCCUGGUGCCGUUAUUUGGAGUUUUGUGGAUGUUUGCAAGGACGAAUAUAUUACCUUUUAACAAAAUAAUCAAAAUAUUGUUUAUUAUUCAAGUUAUGUGCAUCUUUAUAAUAACGCAAAAAUGGGAAAUAUAGCGUAUGAAGUUAGUCAAAACGAAAUUAACGUUCCACUAGAUGAUAUUGAUAUGAAUUGGGAGCUCCAUGAUCGUUUGGGUUUUUUAAGGAAUAUUUUCUUUGACACAGCUCCCCGUAAUCAUACAAUGCCGAAAAUUCGCAAAAAACCUUGCCUAACUCAUUUACGUAAUUCCGAUAUUUAUAAAGAAGUUAAGGCUAUGUGCGGUUUACCGGCAAAUAGUAAAUUGCCCAGCUCAAAAUGGUCAUUGAAUCGGGCGAUUGAACAACGUGAAAUGGGUCUCAAAGGCCGACCAUUUGGUGCCUUUUCGGCCAAUGAUCAACGCCGUAUUGCGACUUUAUUUAUUCCAAAUAAAAAAAUUAAAAAACUGAUGUCCUUUGAAAAUAAAGUGCAAGUGUGUACUUUUAACAAGGAUGGUAGUCGACUUGUUACAGUUUGUAAUGAUCAUUUUAUAAGAAUAUUUGAUGCAUCAAAGGGAACUUAUCACCGUGUUAAUAAAAUGAAAGCUAAUUUCAUUAACUUGCAUAUUGUGGAUUUGGACAUAAGUUCAUGUGGCGGAUAUGUAGCUUACUCCACCUGGUCGGAUUUAUUUUGCGUUUUACCAAUAAAUGGCUCACCUGAUGAUCUUAAAAUGAUCGAUUUAAAUGUUAAUGAAACUCGUUUUGGAGUGUUUUCGUUACGUUUUUCACCAGAUGGAAAAAAAUUGGUUGGUGGUUGCUCUAAUGCACGUGUAUACUUAUGCGAUCGUGAGACCGAUACAAUAACAUAUAUACAAGCUGACCAUCCCUCUUUUGUACAUAUUAAUGCCAUUAGUUAUGUAGACGAGCUGAAUCCAAACUUAUUGUUAACAGGCAGUAAUCAUGGUCUACUGAAACUUUGGGAUAUGAGAACUGUUCGUAACAAUAAAAGGGAUGGAUCCGUUUGUACAUUUUAUGGACAUUUAGAUGGUAUUACUUAUAUCGAUUCUCGUAAUGACGGAAGACACGUGCUAAGUAACUCAAAAGAUCAAAGUAUUAAACUCUGGGACUUGCGUAAAAGUACUAACAAAAGUAAAAUAAAGAAGAAUUUUCAUUUACCAGUAUUCUGUUGGGACUAUCGGUGGGAUUCUGUUCCACGAGAAUUGUACAACUGUAAACCACGUGAAGGAGAUGUUAGUUUAAUGACGUAUCGCGGACAUCGUGUUACAAAAACUUUAUUACGAGCUAAAUUUUCUCCGUUAUUGCAGACUGGACAACGCUAUAUAUAUACUGGCUGCAGCACAGGCAGAAUUAUUGUAUAUGACCUGCUCACUGGGAACAUAAAAGAAGCGAUUGAAGGUCAUUGGGACGUAGUUAGAGAUCUAUCUUGGCAUCCUGUACGUCCUGAAAUAAUUUCUGGCUCGUGGGAUUUUCAUGUAAAUUUAAAUGCAUACAAACGUGAUAUAACGCUAAAUAAAAUGAGCGUUUUUCCAAAGUUACGACGUUCGAUUAGAAUUGCAGAAAAGAAAGUACACGUAGAUGUUGCCGAUAUGUCUGAAGAUGACCCUUACGAGGACUGGUGAUCACCACGUUGUACUGCAAAUUAUUUGUUCGAAUUCAACAGAACUGGAUACAUAGUUAUAAGUUUGAAUAAACUUUUCCAUUUACUUUAUUUAUAUCGCAAAAGUUAUACUAGUUUUAUAUAUCACUCGUAAAAACAUAAGAGAAUAUAUUAAUUAUACUGCAGUAAUGCAGGGACCAUUUAAUUUAAGAAUUACUUUUAUACAAUUUAAAUUAAUAAUUACGCUAAAGUUAUACAUUAUUUCGAUUGAAUAAUUUAAGCACAAGGAAGCUUUAUAGAAAUACGAAAACUUAUAUUGCCAUAAGAACAUAACAAAUUAUAAACAAUAUUUGAUAUUCUAAAAAUCGA